AUGAAACACGCUUAUACCAUUUUGGCCGAUGAUGCAGCUAUUGAAAAGCCGUUGUUGGAUGACAGAUCUUAUCGAUUCCUCAAGUUGGAAGCCAACAACUUACACGUUUUGGUUAUCAAUGACCCAACCACAGACCGUUCAGCCGCUUCGCUAGAUGUCAAUGUUGGUUCUUUUGCUGAUAAGAAAUACACUGUGCCGGGCUUAGCUCAUUUCUGUGAACACUUGCUUUUCAUGGGAACGGCAAAGUAUCCCGAGGAGAAUGAGUACUCGAGCUACUUAUCGAAGCACUCAGGCUACUCCAAUGCAUACACGGCAGCAGAACAUACCAACUACUACUUUGAGGUCAGUUCUGACUACUUGGAGGGAGCAUUGGACCGCUUUGCCCAGUUCUUUAUCUCGCCAUUGUUCAGCAAGAGUUGCAAGGAUAGAGAGAUCAAGGCUGUUGACUCCGAAAACAAGAAGAACUUGCAAAAUGAUCACUGGAGAAUGUAUCAGCUUGAUAAACUGACAAGUAACACUGACCAUCCCUACAAUGGGUUCUCCACUGGAAACUAUCAGACUUUGCAUGAAGAGCCUGAGUCACGGGGUCUUAAUGUACGUGAUGUAUUGCUUGAAUUUUAUAAGGAGCAGUACUCGUCCAACCUCAUGAGUUUGGUUGUUCUCGGGAAGGAGUCUUUAGACGAUCUAACCCAGUGGUCGAUCACAAAGUUCUCGGAUAUUCCAAAUACCGAGCUUUCAAGACCAUCAUACAAAGGGGAGCUCAUCUAUAAGCCAGCACAAUUGGGUAAACUUACGAAAGCAAUUCCUAUUAUGGACUCGCACAAGUUGGAGUUGUCGUUCUUGAUUCCUGACGACCAAGAGCGCAAUUGGGAUUGUAAGCCAAGUGGAUACUACUCCCACCUUUUGGGCCAUGAAACGAAGGGUUCUAUUUUGCACUAUUUGAAGCAGAAGAAUUGGGUCAACGAGCUUUCUGCUGGUGGAAUGAAGGUCUGCCAGGGAAAUUCAUUGUUCAUGAUCGAAUUUGAACUCACUCCCCAGGGUUUGGAAAACUGGGAAGAAAUCGUGGUACAUGUAUUUGAGUACUUGGCAAUGUUGAAGUCCCAAGGCCCACAAGAAUGGGUAUGGAAGGAAAAUAGUGACAUGUCUAAGAUAAACUUUCGCUUCAAGCAAAAACUGGGAACCUCUUCCACAGUAUCGAAGAUGAGCAAUAAGUUGUACCAGUUCACCGAGGAUGCCUACAUUCCUCCAGAGAACUUGCUCAAUUCUUCUGUGGUUAGGGAGUUUAACGCUGAUGAAAUCACAAAGUAUGGGUCCUAUUUAAGCCCAGACAACUUGAGAAUUAGCUUGACAUCUCAGAAUCUCAAGGACUUAGCGGAAACAGAAAGAUGGUAUGGUACUGAGUACUCAUACGAUGAUAUACCCAGUGAACUUUUGGAAAAAUCUAGGUUGGCUUCAGUGAAUGCCGACCUUCACCUCCCACUUCCAAACAAGUUUAUUCCUCAGGAUUUCAAUGUGAAGGGAGAGAAGGCCGAUAAAUCUCUCGGCCACCCUUACUUGAUCACCAACACAAACAAAUUUGAGACCUGGUUCAAACAAGAUGACCAAUUUAGGGUGCCUAAGGGUCAUAUCAAUCUCACUAUUCAUGCUCCGACUCUCAGCAAGUCGAUUUCCUCAGUGGUCCAAGGCAGCUUGUUGAGUGAGUUGAUUGAAGAUGAAUUGAAUGAGAUUAAGUACUAUGCAAGUAUGGUCGGUUUGUCACUUCAAAUUCACCAGUUCAGAGACGGAUUCUCCUUGAAGGUUGGUGGAUACAAUGAUAAACUUCCUGAGUUCCUUAGACAAAUUCUCGAAGUUUUGACUUCUUUCAAGCCAAAACCAGAGAGAUUUGAGUCCAUCAAGUAUAAGGUUACUCAAGAACUUAAGAACUUCGGAUACGAGAUUCCAUAUUCUCAAAUUGGUACUCAUUUCUUGCAGUUGGUUAAUGAGCGUACCUACACCGAUAUUGACAAAUUGGAGGUAAUCAAGGACAUAACAUUUGAAGACCUCUCAAAGUUUGCCGAGAAUUUCUGGGACGAAGGUACUUAUGUCCAGACCCUUGUUCUUGGUAACUUUGACCACUCAAAUGCUCUUGAGGUGGACAAAUUGGUGAAGGAAUCAUUCAAGGAGUACAAAGAACUCAAUGUGUCAGUUGACGCAGUGAGGGAGGCAAUUGGAUUUCAAAGUUUUACAUUGGAAGUUGGUGAACAUGCAAGGUACGAAUUGCUGCUUCAAGAUGCUAAAAACGUGAACUCCUGUUUGGAAUACUUUGUUGAAGUUGGUCGCUUGGAACCUAGUAAUAACAGGUUACGUCUUCUUACCGACUUAUUGGCUACGACUAUCCAUGAGCCUUGCUUCAACCAGUUGAGAACAAAGGAGCAAUUAGGGUAUGUGGUAUUCUCUGGUUAUAGGCUGUCGAGAUCAUACUUUGGAUUGAGAUUCUUAGUUCAAUCAGAGAGGCCAUGCGAUUAUCUUGAAUUCAGAGUCGAGGAAUUUUUGAAGAAAUUCAAGAAGAAGAAUCUUGGAGAGGAGCUUAGCGACGAGGCGUUUGCUAAAUUCAAACAAUCUUUGAAGAACAAAAAACUCACCAAGCUUAAAAACUUGAACGAGGAGUGUGCCAGAUUUUGGAAUUCUAUCAAUGAUGGAUACUAUGACUUCGAACAGAAAGUCAACGAUGCCGAAGAAUUGGAUUCGAUUACCAAGGAAGAGUUUUUACAGUUCUUCAAUGACUACUUUGAUGUUGACAACGCCUCGAAGUCUGGAAAAUUGAGUGUUUACUUGAAGUCCCAGAAGACCCCAGAAGCAGACGAGAAGAAAUUAUUCUCUUCCGCAGUCCACAAUUAUGCUACGAAGUACGAUUUGCCUAUCACCCUGGAGGCUAUCGACUCCAUUAUUGAAGCCAAAGAGUCUAACACCGAGUCUGUUGCAGAUGAGAUUGCUACCAGAUUGGGAGAGAAACUUCCAACUAAUUUUAGCACUCAGUUUGUUUUAGAGGUCUCGGAUAGAACUACAUCACCAACUCCUUCUGAAUUCCCUAAAGGUGAGCUCUUCACGCUGAGCGACAAGUUUAAAGAGCUUCAUGCCAAAGGAGGACGGCCCCAGCCAGUGAACCCAUUGCCAACUUUCUACUAUUCAAAGGGUGAGCCUCGGUUAUAA